AGCUCAGAUUUGAUCCCGAUUUUGUUAAUGAAAAUCAUGGUUGAUAAACAGUUUUAAACCAUCGAAGAAAGCAGUUGCAGGGUGAUAUGAAGAGAUAAGGAAUAUAAAAGAUAGAAGAUAUGGAGAGAUAUUGCAGAGGGUGGUCCAACACUGACGGGCUGUGUACGCCAGAGUUCGUGAAACUAAUCAGUAACUCCUUUGUAAUCCUAUGCGCUAUUGUGCUUUACUACUUUAAUAGUGUCGCUAAGAAGCGACUCGUCAGAUUCUGGUUCCACAGUCUUCAGUAUGCGUGUUUGAUUGGAUCGUUGUUUCUUGUUAUUGUGGAGAUAAUAUUAUGGCAUACCUUAUUUGGAGGUAAAGCAUUCGUCGUUCUAAACUCUGUGUAUCAGGUGUUUGGAAUGGUAGCAACGGGUGUCAUGUAUGCUGGAGGAGAGAGGACAGCCAGGAGGUUACCUCUCAUCAUCCUCACCGCUUCUUAUAUCACAUCCCUCGUCGCUAAUGUCAUGAUCAUUGUGAGGCUGAUAAACCAGUUUGAAGCUGAAAGUGCUGGUAGUUUAGAUGUUAGGGUGAUCAUUUCAGUGGUUCGAACAUUCCUCUACUUCGUUCUAACCAUCAUAUCCUUCGCCAACAUCAUCAAAGGUCGACUAUCGUGGACAAAGGUGGCGGACAGAGAUACGUGUAACAAACAUUGGACAGCAGCCUUACCCUCUCGUCUGACAUUUGCCUGGAUGAGGGGGCUGCUGAUCAAGGGGUGGAAGAAGCCCCUGGAGAUGUCAGAUAUUGGCGCUCCUCCUCAGGUGGACCAAUGUGGUCCUUUAGCUCAACAAUUCGACAAGUUGUGGACAGAAGAGGUAAAGAAAAAGAGUCCUUCUCUUAUCAUAGUCUGUUUGAAGCUGUUCAAGGAAACUUAUUAUAUUUCCAUAAUUAUGAGAGUUAUUGGAGAUGGAAUGGCAUUCUUGUCACCUUUUGCUAUCAGUGGCAUAAACAUAUACAUCGCAACUAAACAGGCUAACAUCAAGGCGCUACAGCUCAAUCCAUCGUCUCUGAACAUAACUGAAUCUAGUUCAAUGGUCCAAGACGAACCUAUGAUAGUCUCAGAGUUUUUCAAAAAUGGGUUCUUUCUCUGCUUUGUGAUAUUUCUAACUGGAAUCUCCCAAAGUAUUCUCAGUUCGAGAUAUUCAAUGUUUAUGAACUUCUGGCGAGCAACUCACGUGAGGUCCCUGCUACAAUUCACUGUUUUCAAGAAGGCUUUACGGCUGGCUUCCUGGGCUAGCAAAGAUCCUGAUCUAACUCAAGGUAAAAUACUGAACGUUAUGAGUACGGACACCCAGCAGUACCAUUUCAUGUUCUACUUCGUCAACUUCCUUGUUGUCUCACCUGUCAUGAUUAUUGGAUGUAUAAUCCUUCUUCUCUUGGAUAUCGGUUGGGUGUCUUUGAUUGGAAUAUUUUUCCUCUUCGCGUCAUUUCCCAUCAAUGGAAUGGUUGCCAAGAAAAUGGGCGAAUGUCAACGAAAGAUAAUGUUUGCGAAAGAUAAGCGAAUGAAGGUGAUGAACGAGAUGCUGUUAGGGAUGAAGAGCAUCAAGAUGUACAGUUGGGAGCCUAUCUUUGAGAGGAUGAUUGUCAACGCUAGGAAAGAAGAGACGAAGAUUUUGCGAACUCAGAUGACUUUGAGAGCAGUGUUUAUCUUCAUAGCAAACGUCAUGCCAACAAUCAUGGCCUGUUCUAUCUUCGUGGUGUACAGUGCUACUUCACCUAUAGAUCCAGAUACUGGUAAACACACACCUCUCACUACGUCUCUAGCCCUCAGGACCCUAGCACUGCUAAACAUUCUGAGGCUACCCUUCAUCUUGAUACCUUUUGCUAUCGGAGCGUUUGUCUCUGGUAGAGCAUGUGCGCAGAGAAUCACCAAGUUCCUCAAAGCACCUGAGUUACCGAUGCAAAGUGAAAUGCUGAAUGGCACUCCAGCUGAAAAUGGCUACCACGACAGUAACGGCUACUCGGACAGUGGAGUAGCAGUCGAGUUUACUAACGCCAGUCUGUCGUGGGACAUUGCUGAAGACGCAACAGUUAUACUACAAGAUAUAGACGUGAAGAUACCCAAGAGUAAGCUGACGAUAGUGGUUGGAGAGGUGGGAGGUGGCAAGACGGCUCUGGUCAGCGCGCUCCUAAACGAAAUGCACAUCGUAUCUGGCAAAGUAACCAACCACAUUAGAAGUGACAAGAUAAGUUACGCCGCCCAAAGUCCAUGGAUUCUCAAUUCAACUGUAAAGGAAAAUAUAAUAUUUGGGCAGCCGCUGGACGAAAAACGCUACAAAGAAGUGUGUGCCGCAUCAUGUCUAGACUUGGAUCUCAAAACCUUGCCAGGUGGUGAUGAAACUGAGAUUGGUGAGCGCGGUAUUAACCUUAGUGGUGGUCAGCGACAGAGAGUCAGUGUAGCGCGGGCGUUAUACGCCCAAUCUGACCUUGUUAUUUUAGAUGACCCGCUUUCGGCGCUGGAUGCACACGUGGGUGCUAAGUUGUUUGAGAUGGGAAUAAAGAAGUUUUUAGCAGAGUCUGGAAGAACUGUUGUUCUUAUUACACAUCAUCUCCAGUACCUUUCGGAUGCAGACCUGGUGAUAGAGAUAGCUCACGGGAAGCUAUCUUACGUCGGGGAUCACACACUAUACGAGAAAGAAUCUCAAUUCUACAAGAACUUUCUGGAAAAUCUGGCCGAGAAAGGGGAGGAGGAAGAGAAGGAGGUCAGCGAGGAUAUAGCCAGAAAGGAGUCUUCAGCAGACAAGGAAGUUACGAAAACCGAAACAGUUGCAAGAAAGAUAAAGCGGCAGGAGUCCCAAGCUGAUGCUUUGAAAAAGAAAGAAAAGGGUGGUCUAAUGACAAAGGAGGACAGGGAGAAGGGCUCAGUUAGCAUCAGAGUUUAUAUGAUCUGGGCAUCAGCUGCAGGAGUAACGCUGAUCUUAACACUGUUAAUUCUACUUGUAUCGCAAAUUGGCCGUAUAAUAGUGGAUUAUUGGAUAACAGUGUGGACAGAGAAACGCAUCACAAGUGCAGGCUGGGUAGAUAGUGAUACUUACUAUAUCUUAACUUACAUAGGACUGGCACUCUUUACCAGUGUUCUGGUGUUCAUUGGUACGAUCCUAAUGGUAUUUGACGCAAUGAGAGCCAGUCAGACACUCUUUGUGAACAUGCUGCUCCGGAUAAUGAAAGCCACACCUCGCUUCUUUGAUGUUACUCCUCUUGGUCGAAUUAUUAGCAGGUUCAGCAACGACGUAACCAGUGUAGACACAACACUACUGGAAAAUGUCAACAGUGCCUAUAGCCUUACUACUCGUGUCCUAUGUGUACUGGUUAUGCAGAUAAUUGCCAGUUACUACUUCGGCAUCGCUGUGAUCCCGCUGGCGUUGAUGUACUACGUAGUCCAGAAGAUCUACAUCACCACCUCCCGGGAGAUACAGAGACUGGAUAGUAUCUGCAAAUCUCCCGUAAUGGCCCUAUUCUCCGAAUCUCUAGGAGGGUUAUCUACUAUCAGGGCUUAUCUUAAGAUUCCCAGUUUUCAGUCCCGAAUGGAGAAGUACAUUGAUAGUAGCACUAACACCUUCAUGCUGGUCAACAUGGCCGCCAACUGGGUCGGAUUCAGACUAGAUCUUAUAGGUGUAAUGAUAACAACAUUAUCGGGCCUGGUGUGUGUUACACUGUGCGGUCAAACCAGCGGUGACGGCUUCCUCAUCUCGCCCUCAGAUGCAGGAUUAGCGCUCACCUUCGCUCUUACUCUUCCUGGGGAACUCAACUGGAUGUUGCGGAAUCUCAGCAUGAUGGAGUUGUAUAUGAACGCAGUAGAGCGGAUAGACAACUACGCAACAAUAGUACCAAUAGAAGAGGACGAUGGUAAAUCGGACCCUGAUGCCUCCUGGCCUUCUAAAGGAGAGAUAAAGUUUGUUAAUUAUUACGGGGCAUAUGACAAGGAGCUGGAUAGUGUACUGCAAGAUGUUACUGUAACGAUACCCGCCGGCAAGCGUGUUGGUAUUUGUGGUAGAACUGGCAGUGGGAAAUCCUCUCUAACAAUCGCUCUCUUCCGAUUACUUACUUGCAAGGGCGGCUCGAUUGUAAUUGACGGUGUGGACAUAAAGGACUUAACCUUGAAGAGAUUACGAGAAACCCUAACUAUAAUACCCCAAGACCCCUUAUUAUUUGCUGGAACUUUACGCUACAACCUGGACCCGUCAGAGACCGUCAAUGAUGACGAGGUAUGGGGAGCGCUGGAGAGGGUAAACAUGAAGCAACCUGUUGAAGAUAUGGAUAAUGGACUUGACAGUCUAAUCGAAGGAUCAGGUGAUAACUUCAGUGUCGGACAGAAACAGUUACUGUGCUUAGCUCGAGCUUUCCUAAGGAACAGCAAAAUAAUCAUCAUGGACGAAGCUACUGCUAGCAUCGACAUGGAGACAGACGAGAAAAUACAGAAGGUGCUGCGAUCAGAGUUUGUUGGGAGGACGAUGUUAGUAAUAGCACAUCGUAUCAGCUCCAUAGCAGAUUCAGAUCUUAUUCUGGUAAUGGAUCAGGGUAAAAAGGCUGAGUUUGACACUCCAGCCAAGCUUUCUCAAGACCCUAGUAGCAUGUUCAGUGGACUACUUACCAGCAAUGUUUUAUAGCAUUACUAUUUGCUCUUUAUUUUUGAUAUGGGCUAGGUGUAGACUUUGACUAUUUAUAUAGGAACGAAUGAAACAGUGGACAAUGAUAGUGCAGUGAUUGCAUUUAUUUGAUAAGAACGAAUGAACUGUGGACAGUCAGUAAGUGUAGUGAUCGCAUUUAUUUGAUAGGAGCGAAUGAACUGUGGACAGUCAGUAAGUGUAGUGAUCGCAUUUAUUUGACUGUCCAGUUUUGAGAUCUCUCAGGCUCUGUUGUUAUUAUCACCCCUGAACACGAGCAGGUAUUCAGGGUCAGGUAUUGUUAUUAUUAGAGCCAUGUAAGGUAUCGAUUCGACGGAUAAUUUUGGCACUCAGCUGCGUAUUAUUGGCUCAUAUAAGAUGGAAAUUAUAAACUCCUUCUUAAUACUGUAUUGAAAUUUAUAUUUACUUUCGAGAUUGGAAAUGUCACGAAUAAAGUGAGGAUGCAGUUUUCUGGUUAAUGAAUCGAUGUUUUGCAGUCACCUGCCUGGCUGAUAUUUGUUUGUGAUGUAAUAAAUUUACAAUUUUAGGAUUAGAAAUUAUAAUCAGAACUUGGCAACUCGUGGCCAUCGCGAGAUGUUUAUUAAUUAUUAUUGCAGUAUUUUUUAUUCUUACACAUUUAAUUUAUUGACUAAUAUGUAUCGAUUCGGCGAAUACAAUUUAUCUGAUAUUAACGGGCUUAAGUUCCGGAGAGCAGCCUUUUUUCCGGUCCUAACUUAUUUUCACGACCAAGGCCGGACAACUUUCGGCUGAUAUCUGGUAUAUCCAGACUUUAGAAAGGCCUCACUCCCAACCUAUUACUCCAACAUUGCUUUUUAUGUUUGUAGCUUGAUUGUUUGUAGCGAUUUUAUAUGCUUGUUAUCAUAAUCAUGUUGUAAGAUAACAAUAUCAAUGGAGAUCAAUUUGUUUCGAAACC